AUGUUACUAAUUUUUUGCUUUUUCUUUUGUGUAGGUGAAAAGCCAUACCAUUGUGACUGGGAAGGGUGCGGGUGGAAAUUUGCUCGCUCUGAUGAACUGACUCGCCACUACCGAAAACAUACCGGCCAUCGGCCGUUCCAGUGCCAAAGGUGUGAUCGUGCCUUCUCCAGGUCAGACCACCUUGCCUUGCAUAUGAAAAGGCACUUCUGA